AUGGCUGGUACACUUACUUUCAAAUUUUUAAGAUAUGAUAUCAUUGCUGCUAUAGCAGAAUUCUUUGGAACUGCAUACUUUUUAUUUAUGGGUAUUGGCGGUGCCAUGGCUUUUGGUGCUUCUCCAAUGAUUGCUGGUCUUGGCAUUCCGUUUUCAUUCGGAUGGUCACUCAUGGCGAAUGUCUUCAUUUGGAGUCCAAUUUCAGGAGGUGUAUUCAAUCCUGCCAUAACUAUUGGUCUGAUGGCCAUCAAAAGAUUGACAAUUGUACGAGGUUUUCUGUAUAUAAUAGCUCAAUUCUUGGGCGCUCUCGUUGGAACAUUCAUGAUUAAAUCUCUCCUACCUGUUGAUGCUGUUGGUGCCACUGUAUUGAAACCCGAAACAUCAGUUGCUCAAGGUUUCUUUCUGGAAAUGUUUGCUACGUCUUUCUUAACCUUUGCUGUGCUCUUUAUUGCCAGUGAAUCAAGAAAUCAAGGUUUCAUGGGUCCAUUUGUAGUUGGUAUUUCCUUAUUCGUCUCAGCACUGUCCGUUGGUCCAUUCACCGGCGCUAGUUUGAAUCCUGCACGAACCUUUGGUCCUGCCGUAGUUUUCGGAACCUAUGGUAAUGCCCAUUGGAUUUAUUAUAUUGGUACCACUGUGGGUAGUUUACUGGCUGCUGGAUAUUGGCAUUUGUUCGAUAAAUUGGAUUUUAAAACUGUAUCGAAAACCGGUGCUGUUGAAGACGAAAAACAUGACAUUGAUGAAGGCCCAAAAGU